AUGGAGAACUUUCUCCUUCUGAUGAAUAGCGUCAAUGAUUUGUGGACGAUUCCCAGCUCUAUGUCCAUGGUAGUGGACAUGAGCUUUGCCUUUCUGUGUGGAGUGGGUCUCUUUUACCUACUAAUCCCAUUCCUGAAUGAGUAUCUAGAGUCACCACCGCCUGAGAGCGAAAAGAACAUCCAAAAGGUGUUGAAGAGGGAGCAGAGCACAGACGGGAAAAAAACUGCUACCGUAAAACCUUUCACAAACAGUCAAAGGAAUGCGCGGGAUAUCCAGAAUGCAUCACAGCCUAUGGAAAGCCCCACUGCACAUCCUUUAAAGCACUCCUCCUCCCACUCCUUUUGGAACUCUAAGGAGAAACUGAAUCAGCUUUCCCUACCUCAGCUGUUUUCUUAUCUCAAGGUCUUAGAGGAUCUUAUACAACAUAAAUUUAACCAACUUUUAUGGGGCAUAUCCUCUGUGCUCUCUGAGUCAGUUGUGGCUACUGCCUGGGUCUCCAGAAAAUCCUCCCCCGGAGAAGGUAAAACCGUGAGGUUUCGUGACACACGUGGUCCUGCCCAAGCUCUGUCUCUAGCUAAAGGACCUCCACAGCUUUGCCAGGACCAGUCAGUGCCCAACCAACUUGUGACACCAAGCCUGGUAGAUGUAACUGGGGGCCAAAAUAUAGAAAACCUCCCAAACGCCACACCAAACCAAACACCUUCAUUCCAGAGUAGGUCCCAUAGAACAUGUCCCUCCACUGAGAUAGGGAUACAGGUAUCCCUUCCAACUUUAAAUGAGCCCUGUCAACAGGAACUAAAUUGGAAAGACAUUACAGGCUGUAAUGUCCAAAAAUGUCAAACAGACAUUAGCCAGUCAACUGACAAUUUGUCCAGGGGCACCCUGCCCACUAAAGUUAUCAGGUCAGCCUCCAUCCUUCCUGAGCAUUAUCAAAUGGUCCACCAUCAUGAGGAGCCACAGCAUGAAGAGAGGGAAAUUAAUGUUGGAGAACAACAAGGAACCCAUGUCAGAUUACCCCCAUCUAGGGAACUGACAGAGCUUCACGGAGAUUUCCAACCAAACAGUGAUGGUUACUGCAAGAACCUGCCUGAACUCAACCAGCCUGCCAAGCCCUCCAACCUCAACUCAGAAAGCUACAAGUGCAGCCAGAUGGUUGGGUCCAUACCCAUAGGAAUACUCUUAAAGAAGGCCAUAUCAAAGUAUGGCAUACCUAACACCAUCAAGAAGGACCUUAGUGUUAAGUUCAAAGACCUGCCUUGCACUUCAAGCAGCACUCCUGGGAAGGGUCUGGAACCAAAGAACACUCCACUGAGGACAGACAAGCUGUCCUUUUUGAACACAACUGAGGACAUUUCCUGCCUUGAUCCCAAGACUCAAAUGAAGCUGGACUCAAAUAUGCAGCUUCCCUCUGUUUCCAAGGCUGAGUACUAUUCCAAGGCUGCCAUGAUCCUGGAAAAAUUGCAUCACCAAGAUCCUGGGGGGAAAAGGGUAGAAACUGUAUCAUUAGCCAGACUGCGAAAUCCUAUGUUUCAACACUCACCUCCAGAGGUUAAGGAGACCCAAAGAGCCCCUCCACCCGCUACCAGUCAUGGGCCCUCAAGAUCUCAUCCAGGUCAACAGGAGAGAAACCAGAAUUUUCAGCCUCAUACUAUCUCCCAGCAGAGCAACACUAUCCGAGGAACUGGGAAAGGCAUCCUGAAACCAAAUAAGAGCCUAGAAAUGUCCAUGCAUACACCUUGGAAGAUGUCUGAGGAUGUGGCCUCAGGACAUCCCAGCUGGAGUGCAACAACAGUGGUCAACGAAAUGAACACAUUGAAGGUAAAACAAGAGCCACCUCAUUCAUCGAGAGUGAUUCUGGGAUCAGGUAAGAUUCCCAAUGGGCAAGCCAUGAACUUCAGUCUCAAGGACUUUGGAUCUAUAGAGGCCAAAAGAAGCCUAGGCAAUUUCCAAACACCUACCCCACCAAACUUAGGGGACUUGGAUUUUAAAACAAAGAAUAAUAAGAUUGACAUGAGAGCAAACAAGCAGUCACAGGCUUGGUCUGUGAACCAUCAUCCAGGUGGCCCAAAUAUAGUAUAUCCUGCCAAGAUGAGCUUGCCUUCACAGGACUCACUGCCCAGUUUCCAGAAUGUAUCCAAAUAUACCAAGACUUCACAGGGCUUAGGUGAUCUCAUCAUGAGUAGUUAUCAGACAGUUGAGACUCAGAAGUACAGAGUCUACAAGAAUAAGAUUGAAGCAAAGAAUGACGGUGUAUUUCAUCCCCAUAAAGAGAGCAUUUUGAAAUCUGGAGUCGUAAACCAGGGAGAAAGGCUUGGGAGAGGAAGGUCUUCCUCCCUGAGCUCUACCCAGCACAAGUAUACAGCUAAGACUCAGAAUAAUCAGUCCUCUCUUAAUAUAGCAGAAAAAAGUGAGGCUCCUUCUAAAAACAACAUGAAGAACAUUACCAGAAACUAUGCACAAUAUGAAAACAUAUGCACAAAAUACAUGGGGCAGGGGGAUUCUUUAAAAAAUGAAAGCCCCCCACCAGCUACUGAGCAGACACAGGAGGUAGUAGAAAGAGUUAACCUUAUCUACAGUACAGCAGCUGAACUACAAUCCCUCAUGAAUUCUCUGGUCCAGAACUUUGAUAAUGAUGUAGGUGACCCAUCAAAGCUGACUAAAGAGCCUAUAACCCAGGUAUCAGACUAUAAAGAGGAAUCAUUGACAUUCCAGCUGGGUGACUCUUCUCACGCUUAUAAGGGCCUCCAUGACCCAAACCAUAGCAAACCAGCAAGAAGAAUGAGCGGUAGCCACACCAGCUCCAAGGAGCACAGCCAUUCUUUCACAUUUGGCAGAACUGAAGACAAACUGCAAUCAGCUGUUGAUUCACAGAAAGCCUGUGAUGAAGAUCCAAACAAAUCAAAGAUAGAAAUUGGUUUUGACCAGCUCUCCACUCCCAUGGGAAAUGACCAUCCAUGUGGUUUCAUGGGAGUUGGAGACAAGCAGGAGUUGGGUCUUGUUGUCAAGGGAGCUGGUGACCCAGGUCAAAUUGGAACAGAGAUUAAAAUUGGAGGUUUUCAAUAUGGAAUCCCCAAUGGUCACAACCAUUCAUUCAGAAUCACAGAAAUUAGAGACAAACAGGAACCAGAUAUUGACCAUAAAGCCUUAGACCCAUAUCAAAAUGUAAAGAAAGGAAUGGGCCAUGUUCAACCUAUGAGUCCCAAAGAGAACCAUCCAGUCAAGCACAGGGGAAUUGGAGACCAGGAGCAGUCAUCUAUUGCUGCCCAGGGAACCUCUGACCCAGAUGAAAUUAAAACAAAGAGUGAAAGGGAGUGUUCUCCACAUAGAAGCCCUCAGGAGCAUAAUCAUUUACUCAGAUACUGCGAAACUAGAGACAAGCAACAGUCCAGUGUUAAUGCCCAGAGAGCCUAUGACAAACAUCCAAACAGCCUGAAGAUAAGAAUGGGCUUUGGCAAUCCCCUCACUCCUAAGGAAAAGAACCAUCCACUUUGGCACCGGAUAAUUAGAGACAGGCAGCCUUCGGGUCAUGUUGAACAGAGAGACUGGGAUAGAGGACAAAUUAAGAGUGGAAUGGGCUCCUGUUUACAAAGAAGCCCCAAGGGGCAAAACGUUUCAUUCAGAAACAGAGAUAUUGGAGAAAAAGUGCUGCCCUGUGGUAACUCCCAGAGAAUCUGUGACCAACGUCCAAGCAGUGUGAAGAGAAAAGGCUUUGAGCAACUCCCCACUCGCAAGGGGAAAAGCCAUCCACACAGUUACAAAGUAACUGGAAAUAAGCAACAGUCAAAUCUUACUGACCAGAGAGCCUGUGACCCCAGUCAAAUUAAAAAAAAGGAUGGAAUGGGGACCUAUACAUUUAAAUUUCCUGAGGGGUACAACUUUUUAUUCAGAUAUGGAGUAACUGAAAACAAACAGGAGCCACUCAUUGUCCAUAGAGCCUGUGACCCACAUCAAUGUACAAAAGAAGGAAUAGGCCGUGGUCAACCUAUGAGUCCUGAAGAGAACUAUUCUGUCAAGGACAAAAGAAUUGGAGGCCAGGACCAUUCAGGUGUUGCUGCCCAGGGAGCCUUUGACCUGAGGUAG